AUGGGAGGUUUCAACACCAGUUUUGUGAGGGGCUUCAUUUUGGUGGGCUUCUCAGAUUGGCCUCAACUGGAACUCUUCCUUUUUAUCUUUAUUUUGAUUUUUUACUCCCUAACUAUCUUUAGCAAUACCACUAUUAUUGCUCUCUCCCAACUGGACCUUCGUUUACACACACCUAUGUACUUCUUCCUCUCCCACCUCUCCUUCCUGGACCUCUGUUUUACCACUAGCACUGUGCCCCAGCUUCUGAUCAACCUUCGUGGACUGGACAGGACCAUCAGUUAUGGUGGGUGUGUGGCCCAGCUAUAUAUAUAUCUUGCCCUGGGAUCCACUGAGUGUGUGCUCCUGGUGGUGAUGGCCUUUGACCGUUAUGUUGCUGUGUGUCGCCCACUCCACUACAUGACCAUUAUGCAUCCUAAGUUAUGCCAGGCAAUGGCUCUUUCUUCUUGGGCGGGAGGCUUUGUGAACUCUCUGAUUCAGACAGGCCUCAUGAUGGCCAUGCCUCUCUGUGGUCAUCGACUCAAUCACUUCUUUUGUGAGAUGCCUGUUUUCCUGAAGUUGGCUUGCGAAGACACAGGAGGAACUGAAGCCAAGAUGUUUGUGGCCCGGGUCAUAGUUGUUACGCUUCCUGCGGCGCUCAUUUUAUGCUCCUAUGUGCACAUAGCUCAGGCGGUGCUCAAGAUCAAGUCCAUGGCUGGGCGCAGAAAGGCUUUUGGGACAUGUGGGUCCCAUCUCUUGGUGGUUUGCCUUUUUUACGGCUCAGCCAAUUACACAUACCUCCAACCCAUCCACAGCUAUUCUGAGAAGGAGGGAAAGUUUGUUGCACUUUUUUAUACUAUAAUUACUCCCAUUCUUAAUCCUCUCAUUUAUACUCUACGGAACAAAGAUGUGAAGGGGGCUUUUUGGAAGGUGUUAAGAAGAGGCAGAGACUCAGGGUAG